GACGGCGCUUCCGGAAUGGGCGGGGCGCGGACACUUCCGCAUCCGGUCAGAGCCGGAAGAGAGGCCUGCUGGAGCCGGGGGGCUGCCGGUGCCAUGGCCCCGCCGCUCGCCCCACGCCUGCUGCCGCUGCUGGCCGCCGCCCUCAGCCUCGCCCCCGGCCCCGGCUCGGCGGCGCGCUCCGCGCCUCCCUCCGGCGACUGCGACCUGCUGGGCGACGGCGCGGCCGAGUCGGCGACAGAGCGAUUGCUGCUGGAGCGGCUGCGGCCCCUCCGGGGAAAGAGAUUUUCAGUGACCACUGAGAAUGCCACGACCAAGGAGUCGUACACCUACAAGUUCCAGCUGUGUGCCAGCGUCCUGCCCGGAGACCCCACCGCCGGCGUGGUCCAGAUCGACCAUAAAAUGAACAUCACCAAGGUCAUCGGCCGUAUCAACGCCACCCAACUCAUCGGCGGCAGUGACUGGAUCCUGCUGUUGUUCGGCGACGGUGACCCUUACAAAAGUCACUGCCAGGGGGAGCGGCGGAAGGUGCUGCUGAUGAUCUCCUGCGAACCAGGCAUCGUCUCGGGCAGAUUUGCGGUGACCCUGGAGCAGAGGGAGAAGGUGUCUGACUGCUUUUACUUGUUCGAGAUGGACAGCAGCGUGGCCUGUCCCAGGAACGUCAGAAAGCUGAGCAGCGGAUCUGUGCUGCUGAUCCUGUUCGUCACGCUGCUCUCCGUCUACCUCCUGGGCGGCUUCCUGUACCAGCGGCUGGUGCUGAAGGCCAAAGGCAUGGACCAGUUCCCCAACCACUCCUUCUGGCAGGAGGUUGGCAACUUGACGGCGGACGGCUGCGACUUCGUCUUCCGCUCGAGGUCCCGCUCGCCGCCCCCCUCGUACCGGGGCGUGGGCUCGCAGCCCCUGGGUGCGGCGGACGAGGAGGAGGAGGAGGAUCGGGAUGAGCACCUGUUGCCGAUGUGAGACCGUCGGUGCCGGGGCACGGGGUGGGCUCGGAUCCGUCAGUCUCCGCAUCGCGGUUCGGUGGGGCCUCGCGUUCUCUGUCACGCGUUCUGGGUCUUUUAAUAAAAGUUGUCUGGCCUCCUG